AUGGCCCCACCGAAUCCCGUCGUCGGGAAUACCGCUGGGCAAAGAACGGAUGAGGCUGCUGCCACCACCACCACCACGACAAGGACAGCCACCACUACUCCGACGACUCCGACGACGACAGCGUCCCACGCCUCGUCGGUGAAGGGCGUGCUCGCUGGUAUCCACGGCCUCGGGGAGAAGGUGCGCGGGGAGUUCAACUCGGCUGUGGAUGGUGCGGCGGGCGACCGCGAGGGAGUGGCGAGGAAUCGGGCGGUGGCUGAGGCGGGGGAGCGCGAGAGGCUGACGGGGAGUUUUGCGGCGGAGACGAAGGUGAGGGAGGGGGUUUUGGGUCUUGGGUUGGGUGUGGGUGUGGUGUUUAGGGGCUGGAAGCUAGGAUUGAGAGAAGCUGGAGAUUGGGGGGAGCUGGAGAUUGAGAGAGGCUGGAGAUUAGGAGAAGCUAGAGAUUGGGAGAAGCUGGAGACUGAAGUAUUUUAUCGCUUUGCCAAAUCCCACGACCAGCGAAAUCUGAAGAGCAUCAAGUCGGUGGUCCGAGGAGAUGUCACCCUUAUCUUGAAUCUAAUCUGA